UUUCUGCACCAGACUCAACUCAGGUCACAUCUGAGCCGCCAGCAGACAUGAAGGUCCAGCCGAAGGGGACCCAGGCGGCCGGUUGAUCUGCACACGUCCAUCAGGCAGGUGACGGCGGGUCUGUUUCGUGUGUGUCAUGUCGCGGAAUGUACACUUUGGAGGUGACACCUUUCAGAGGAGGCAGGUAGCGAGGAGACUAGCCGGCUAGCCGCUAACGGUAACUAGCUAACAACACGGGACGCUAACGCUAACCAGCUAACACGCCGCGGCUUCUGUUCUUAAGCAAGUGACUCCAUGGAUACCAACACGGUGGGGGUCCACCAUGAAGACCUGAUCACAUGAAGAACUGAUCACAUGAAGACCUGAUAUGAAGCUCACCUUGGAGCCGCCAGGAGGACCUGAGCACUAGGUCUUUCCCCUCAGGAGGAGGACCUGAACCCGAGGAGGACCUGAGCUGUAGGUCUGUCCCUCUGAGCACUAGGUCUGUCCCCUCAGGAGGACCUGAACACUAGGUCUGUCCCUCUGAGCACUAGGUCUGUCCCUCUGAGACUUAGGUCUGUCCCUCUGAGCACUAGGUCUGUCCCUAAGUCUGUUCCUCUGAACCCGGACUAGCGGCCGCUCGUGAGGAGCAGCGGGUGAGUGACAGCCUUCAGCCCGCCAUCCGGAUCAGGCUGCCCGCGGACCAGGAAUGGAUGACUGGCGGGGAGAACCUUCCAGAUUAAACCACUGGUACUGGUCCCGCUGACCAGUUAACCUGUGGUGAGGAGUCAACAAGUCGUGCUGUCAACAAGUUGUGUUUAACAACAAGUUGUGCUAUCAACGUGUCCAACGCCCGCGUCCUGCGGCGCGAAAUGAAGCAGAGCGAGAAUAGGAACAAGAGGAAGCUGAGCAACAUGGACCCGCCCGGGGAGAACAUAGACAGACCCGGGGAGAACAUAGACAGACCCGGGGAGAACAUGGACCCGCCUGGGGAGACCAUGGCCCGACCCGGGGAGACCAUGGCCCGACCCGGGGAGAAGGACGCGAGGGAGUUUGUGCUCCCCCCACCGCUCCUCUUCAGGAAGCUGAGUAACCCGGACCUGUCCCCCGCCGCCGCCGCCGUCACCAAGUCCCAACUGCACCGUCAGCUGAGCCAGGACGAGAACCGCGUCCGCCGCGGCAGCAUGGCCAUGACCGGUAAGCAGCUGCUUCCACUGUCCAGCAGCCUGCACGGUGGGGUGAGCCAGCUCUGGCAGGUCCCGGCGGGGGGGCUGGCGCCUCCCCUGGGCCCUGGGGAGGGCAACAACCUGGUGUGGAUGAGGAACCAGACCCUGGGGCAGUCUGCCCCUUCGCUCACCGGGCUGAAGGAGCUAAGUCUUCCGCGGAGGGGUAGUUUCUGCCGGAACAGCAACAGGAAGAGUCUUAUUGUGACGUCCAGCACCUCUCCGACCCUACCGAGACCUCACUCCCCUCUGCCGGGACACACAGGGACCAGCCCCCUAGACAGCCCUCGCAACUUCUCCCCCAACACCGCCGCACACUUCUCCUUCGUUCCUGCACGGAGUCACGGCCACAGAGCGGACAGGACGGAUGGCAGACGCUGGUCCCUGGCCUCCCUCCCUUCCUCUGGUUAUGGCACCAACACGCCCAGCUCCACCGUCUCAUCCUCCUGCUCGUCCCAGGAGAAGCUGCACCAGCUCCCCUUCCAGCCCACGCCGGACGAGCUCCACUUCCUCACCAAGCACUUCAGCUCGGAGAGCAUCACCGACGAGGAGGGACGCCGCUCGCCCAACAUGAGGCCUCGCUCCCGCAGCCUCAGCCCUGGGCGCUCCCCCAUCUCCUUUGACCAUGAGAUCGUGAUGAUGAAUCAUGUGUACAAGGAGAGGUUCCCCAAGGCCAGGGCUCAGAUGGAGGUGCGCCUGGCGGAGCUGCUCUCGUCCUGGGCCCCGGACACGGUGCAGCCGCUGGCGGACGGGGUGCUGAGCUUCAUCCACCACCAGCUGACGGAGCUGUCCAGGGACUGCCUGCAGAAGAGCCGCGAGGGCCUCAUCACCUCGCGCUACUUCUACGAGCUGCAGGAGAGCCUGGAGAAGCUGAUGCAGGAUGCCCACGAGCGCUCGGAGAGUGUGGAGGUGGCCUUCGUGACGCAGCUGGUCAGGAAGCUGAUGAUCGUGAUCGCCCGGCCCGCUCGCCUGCUUGAGUGUCUGGAGUUCGACCCCGAGGAGUUCUACCACCUGUUGGAGGCAGCAGAGGGCCAUGCCAAGGAAGGCCAGGGCAUCAAGUCGGACAUCCCCAGAUACAUCAUCAGCCAGCUGGGGCUCACCAGAGACCCCCUGGAGGAAAUGGCCCAGCUGAGCAGCUAUGACAGUGGCCACCCAGACACCCCUGAGACCGACGAUUCAGUAGAUGGCCGAGGCGCCGCAGUCGCCCCGCAGACCAAAACCAAACCGCCGCGCGAGGAAGACUUUGAGAACAUCAAACUCAUCAGCAACGGGGCCUAUGGGGCGGUGUUCCUGGUGCGCCACAAGGAGACGCGGCAGCGCUUCGCCAUGAAGAAGAUCAACAAGCAGAACCUGAUCCUGAGGAACCAGAUCCAGCAGGCCUUCGUGGAGAGGGACAUCCUGACCUUCGCCGAGAACCCCUUCGUGGUGUCCAUGUUCUGCUCCUUCGAGACCAGGAGGCACCUCUGCAUGGUCAUGGAGUACGUGGAGGGCGGGGACUGUGCCACUCUGCUGAAGAACAUCGGCGCCCUGCCGGUGGACAUGGCUCGCAUGUACUUUGCAGAGACGGUCUUGGCCCUGGAGUACCUGCACAACUACGGCAUCGUGCACAGAGACCUCAAACCCGACAACCUUCUGAUCACGUCCAUGGGCCACAUUAAGCUGACCGACUUUGGUCUGUCUAAGAUCGGUCUGAUGAGCCUCACCACUAACCUGUAUGAAGGCCACAUCGAGAAGGACACCAGAGAGUUCCUGGACAAACAGGUGUGCGGCACGCCGGAGUACAUCGCCCCAGAGGUCAUCCUGAGGCAGGGCUACGGCAAGCCCGUGGACUGGUGGGCCAUGGGGGUCAUCCUGUACGAGUUCCUGGUGGGCUGCGCCCCCUUCUUCGGGGACACCCCGGAGGAGCUGUUUGGACAGGUCAUCAGCGACGAGAUCAUCUGGCCUGAGGACGAAGAGGCCCUCCCCCUGGAGGCCCAGGACCUGAUCUGCAAGCUGCUGAGGCAGAACCCCCUGGAGCGGCUGGGCACAGGGAGUGCGUACGAGGUGAAGCAGCACGGCUUCUUCACGGAGCUGGACUGGAACGGCCUGCUGAGGCAGAAGGCCGAGUUCAUCCCUCAGCUGGAGUCGGAGGACGACACCAGCUACUUCGACACUCGCGCCGACCGCUACCACCACCUGGACUCUGAGGACGAGGACGACACCAACGACGAGGAGCACGUGGAGAUCCGCCAGUUCUCCUCCUGCUCCCCCCGCUUCAGCAAGGUGUACAGCAGCAUGGAGCGCCUCUCCCUCCACGAGGAGAAGCGGACCCCCCCGGCCAACAAGCGCAGCCUCAGCGAGGAGGGGGGGCAGCGGGCGGACAGCCUCGGCGGCCUGAAGCCCCGGGACCACCGGGCCUGGCUGGUGGGCUCGCCGGAGAUCCUGAGGAAGCGUCUGUCGGUGUCGGAGUCGUCCCACACGGAGAGCGACUCCAGCCCCCCCCUCACCGUGCGCCGCCGCUGCUGCUCGGCCAUCAUCGAGAUGCCUCGCUUCGCCAUCUCCUCCGAGGAGGAGGGGCUCGCUCCAGGCCCAGCCGGCUGCCGCAAGAGCCCCAGCAUGCUGGGGGUGAGGGGGGCGCGCAGUGAGGAGCUGCCCACCUCCAUCCCGGAGCUGCCCGUUGAGAGGGAGCUGAAGCUGGAGGACACGCCCGCCACCGCCAGCUCCAGCGCCAGCUCCAGCUCCAGCUCCAGCUCCAGCUCCAGCCAGCUCAGCAGGGCCGCCGGCACACCUGGUAGUCUGGGCGCUGUGAGCGAGCGAGCCACUGGCGGUAGCGGCGUCCCGGACAGUGGCCCCGCCUCCAGCGUCCCGGACAGUAGCCCCGCCUCCACGCCGAAGGCCAUCAGCGACCUGGCGGCCCGCCGCGCGCGCCACCGCCUGCUCUCCGGGGACGCGGACAAACACGCCGCGCUGCCCACCUCCCGACCCAUCAACAAGGUCAUCAAGUCGGCCUCCGCCACCGCCCUGUCCCUCAUGAUCCCCGCAGACCACCACGGAGCCUCGCCAUUGGCUAGCCCAAUGUCGCCCCACUCCUUGUCGUCCAAUCCGUCGUCCCGGGACUCCUCUCCGAGCCGGGACAUGUCCCCCGCCGUGGGGCCCGUGAAGCCGGCCAUCAUCAUCCACCGAGUGGGCAAGAAGUACGGCUUCACCCUGAGAGCCAUCCGGGUGUACAUGGGAGACACAGACGUCUACACAGUGCACCACAUGGUCUGGCAUGUGGAGGCCAAGGGUCCGGCCCACGAUGCCGGCCUGAGGGAGGGGGAUCUUAUCACCCACGUCAACGGAGAGCCGGUCCACGGCCUGGUGCACACGGAGGUGGUGGAGAUCAUCCUCAAGAGCGGCGCCAAAGUAUCCAUCUCGGCCACGCCCUUCGAGAACACGUCCAUCAAGGUGGGCCCCGCCCGCAAGGUCGGCAGCAAGUCCAAGAUGGCGCGGCGCAACAAGAAGAGCAAGACCAAAGAGCAGGGCCAGGACAGCAGUAAGAAGAGGACCUCUCUGUUCCGGAAGAUCACCAAGCAGGCGUCGCUGCUGCACACCAGCCGCAGCCUGUCCUCCCUCAACCGCUCCCUGUCCUCGGGGGAGAGCGGCUCAGCCUCCCCCACCCACAACCUGUCCCCCCGCAGCCCCACCCAGGGCUACCGCUCCACCCCCGACUCCACCCACUCUGUGGGCGGUAACUCGUCCCAGAGCAGCUCUCCCAGCUCCAGCGUCCCCAACUCCCCGGCCAGCUCGGGCCACAUCCGUCCCAGCUCGCUGCACGGCCUGGCCCCCAAGCUGCAGCGGCAGUACCGCUCCCCCCGCCGCAAGUCUGCCGGCAACAUCCCCCUGUCGCCGCUGGCCCGCACGCCCUCGCCCCCCCCCCAGAGCUCCUCCCCCCAGCGCUCGCCCUCCCCCUCCCACCCGCUGGGCCAGUCCUUCCCCGUCAAGCUGCACUCCUCCCCGCCGCUGGCCCGCCAGAUCUCCCGGCCGAAGAGCGGAGAGCCCCCGCGGUCGCCCCUCCUGAAGAGGGUGCAGUCGGCCGAGAAGCUGGCCUCCUCGCUGUCCUCCUCGCUGUCCUCCUCGCCCUCCUCCUGCUCCGCCCCCGGGGGGGUGGGGGGGGCGGCGGGGGAGAAGAAGGGCGGCGGCGGCCGGAAGCACAGCCUGGAGCUCUGCCACUCGGACUUCAAGAAGGAGCUGCUGCAGAGAGAGCCCGGCCUGCAGAGCCUGCAGGAGUGUCCCAGCGAGGGGGGGCUGUUCCCUGCGGGCCGCGGCGUGGAGCAGGGCAGCCUGCAGAAGCACCCGAGGGGCCGCCCCGAGGGGGAGGGCCCCGCCCCCCCCGGGCUGCUGGGCCUGGCCCCCGGGAAGAGCAAGCUGAAGGACAAGCUGUCGGCCAUCCGGCAGGACCGCGCCGGGCGCCGCGAGGCGCUGCAGAAGCAGGACGCCAUCCACGAGGUGGACUCCUCAGAGGACGACACGGACGACGGCUCGGAGGACAGCCAGGACGGGCGGCGCCGGCCCCCCAGCCCCCCGCUGCUGCGGCCCGCCACGGUGCGCAGCGGGCCGGGGGGCACGCUGCCCUCCCUCUGCCUGGCCCCCUCCCACCUCCCCCCGCCGGGCCGGCCCACCCGCUCCGUCACGCCGCCCUCCGUCUGCGAGGGCCCGGGGGCCGGCCGGGGGGGGCCGGAGGGCGGGGCCCGGGACCCCCCCCCCUUCUCCACCCCGGGCAGUGCCUUCAUCUCGGUCACCAAGGACCCCUUCCUGAAGCCCGCCCCCCCGGGGGAGUGGAAGAGGCCCAGGGUGAAGGCCGCGCCCCCGGAGGACCGCCCCCCCCCCCGCCCCCUCCUGCCCCUCCCCAGGGACCCCCAAAGAGAAGAAGGAGGCGGACAACCGGCGCCAGGCCCAGAGGGGCGCGUCGGAGCCCCCGGGCUGCGCCGCCCCGACCCCCCCCACCGCGGGCGCCCAGACCCCCCCCCCCAGACAGACGGCCCCAGUCGGCCCCCGGCCUCGGGAGGGGCCCCUCACCAGGAGCCCCUCGAGGCGAGGCCUCUCAAAGCCGCCACUACUGCGCCCCCACACGUGUUCGCGCCCUCAGUCGCCCCCCCCAGGGCCACGGUGAGCCCCUCUACUGCCCCCGCAGCCCCCGGGCCCCAGCCGGAGAGACCGGGGGCCCCGAAGGCCCCGGGCGCCCCCGCCGCCACGCAACACGACAAAACCACCAGCAAGAGGACAUAG